UCCCCCGCGCCGUCGGAGGCGGCGAUGGCGGUGUACGAGCGGGUGGCGCGGAUGGCGAGCGGGAACGCGGUGGUGGUGUUCAGCGCCAGCGGCUGCUGCAUGUGCCACGUGGUGAAGCGCCUGCUCCUGGGCCUGGGCGUCGGCCCCACGGUGUACGAGCUCGACCAGCUCGGGGGCGGCUCGGGCGGGAGGGAGAUCCAGGCGGCGCUGGCGCAGCUGCUCCCGCCGGGGCAGCCGGCGGUGCCGGUGGUGUUCGUGGGCGGGCGGCUCCUGGGCGGCGUGGAGAAGGUGAUGGCCUGCCACAUCAACGGCACGCUCGUCCCGCUUCUCAAGCAGGCCGGCGCGCUCUGGCUCUGA